AUGCUGCUGCUGCUCUUGAUCCUGUUGGCCUUGCCUCUGCCCUCCAGGACCUUCAUAGUGAUCAAAGGGGGCACAGAGGCCACACCACACUCACGGCCCUACAUGGCAUCAAUAACAGCCUCUGAGAAUAACCAUAGCUGGAAAGCAUGUGGAGGUUUCCUGGUCCGAGAAGACUAUGUGUUGACAGCGGCUCACUGCUACGAAAGAAAUAUGACUGUCACCCUGGGAGCUCACAAUAUCCAGAAAAAGGAAAACAUGCAGCAGGUCAUCCCUGUACUUCAAGCCUUCCCUCACCCAGAGUUCAGCAGGGAUUUAAUACUCAACGACAUCAUGCUACUGAAGCUGAAACACAAGGCUCAACUCAACACAGCUGUGAAGACCAUUGCCCUACCACAGAGCCAGGACUGGGUGAGGCCAGAGCAGGUGUGCAGCGUGGCAGGCUGGGGAUUAACGGAGAGUGGUUCAUCAUCAGCCACACUAAAGGAAGUGGACCUGGAAGUGCAGAACAAACAGGAGUGCAAACAAAUAUUCUCACACUAUGACGACACGACCCAGCUAUGUGUGGGGAACCCUCUGUACACUAAGGAUGCGGGAAUGGGUGAUUCUGGAGGACCCCUGGUGUGCAACAAUGUAGCCCAGGGCAUUGUUAGCUAUGGAUAUAAGAAUAAGCCUCCUAAGGUCUUCACAAGAAUAUCCAGCUUUGUUCUCUGGAUCCACAGAAUAAUGAAUACAUCCUAG